AUGAACGGAACUGCCCCGCCAAUACCUGAACUCGCUACUAUGCAUGAAGCCAAACGCACAUCUGUCAUUUUGAGUUGCAUCGGACCCUCAUUGCCCCUGUUGAACAUGUGGGUCACUGUUGACAUUCAAGAAGCGUUCUACGAUGCAUUUUGCACAGAACAAGCUUAUCAGGCAGGACUGAUGGCACGUUUUGUCACCGUUGGCGGCAACUACAUCUAUCAGCGCAACAUCGGAUUGGAGGUGCUUAUCUUACAGGCCAAGAUGCGCCGCGCCAAAGCUGAGAUAGAGCUCUAUACAGUGGCCAUCCAAAAUGCCCGUGAAUUCGACUUCUCAGACAACACUAGUGCUUCGUCUUCUCCCAGUAUAUUUCUUCUACCGCCUCGACCAGACGAAUUGUGUUUCUACGACGAGGACCGUGAUGAUGUGACAGACGACUUUGACGACUUUGAAUUUUGA